AUGAAAGUGAGCUAUGAAAGCCAGUUCAACAAGAUAUAUGAUGCAAGGAUUAAUGAGCUACGGGUAGAUAUAGCAAAGUCGAGUGUGGAUCAGGGAAGGAGAAGGAUACUUGAUAGUAUUUUAGAAGUAGAGGGAUUGAAUGGAGAUGAAUGUGUGGUGAUUGGAACGCUGUAUAUAUCCAGUGAUCUAAAGAGUAGUAUUUUUGACAUGAUUAGAAGACAGAAUAAGGAUGCUGAGGAAGUACGGAAGUUUACGUAUUAUUCGAGUGAUGUGAGAUAUUUUCUUGAGGAUGGAAGUGGUAGGAUUGAGAUUGAGUUACAAAAUAAUACGGAGAUGUAUAAGAAACAUUUUAUUAUAAGUACGGGGAUGUGUGUUGGAGUGAUAGGAAGGCAAUCUGAAUCAGGAAGAUUUAUUGCAGAGGACUUUGUAUUUCCGUUUUCGAGUCCAAGAAGAAUUCCUGAGAUUCCUGAGAAGAAUGAAACAAAUGGAAAGAUCUGCUUUUCAAGUGGGGUUCUAGCGAAUGCUGAUGGCAGCGUGGCAAGGAUGAAAGUGAUAAUUGAUUAUCUGAGACGAGGUGGAGUGAAAGAGUAUUUUUUGAUAGGAAACUUUUUUGAAAGUAAGAGCGAGAUUGAUAAUAAGAUGCUGUUAAGUCUUACAGAUGUUGUGAAGUAUACUGGAACAAAGGUUCGUUUGAUUCCAAAUAAGGGUGACUUUGGAGCAAGAGUACUACCGCUGAUGCCUGUUCAUCCAAAGCUAAUUAAUGCAGAAGUAGAAUGUCUGCCUAAUCCAUGCAGGACGAAUAUGAACGGAAGAGAAGGACUGGUGAUUACACAGUUUAUUAUUGAUGAUUUUCUCAAGUAUAUGCCUCGAGAUAUUGGAAGCGUACAAGGAGAAGGAUUUGAAUACAAGAUGCAUGUGAAUGAGAGUGAGUUGAAGCAUGUGGUAUGCACUGAAAAGCAAGACUCUGAUGCACAGCAUACUUCAAAUACAAUACGUGCAAUGGAAGUCCUUAUGAAGGCAGGACAUAUUUGUCCAACGGCACCUGAUACUUUAACAUGUGCGCCUUUUUGUGGACUGGACCCAUUUGUAAUCAGGAGCAGGAUGGAGUACGUUUGUUGUGGUGAUGCGCCUGGAUUUGCCAGUAAACGAUCGGAUUCCGAGGGAACACUGUUUUUUACAGUGCCCAGAUUCAGGGUUCAUCAUGAGGUUGUGGUUUUAAGCACCGAAGAUGGGACAUUAGAAACGAUACGAUUUGGUCAAGAAGAGUUUGAUUAA